UGGCCGCACCGUUCAGUCCUCCCUCCGCCCGUUUUGAUACGACCACCGGAAUAUUUGUCAGACGGGCAAUUCGUAGCGACCAGUGAACACGUUAACGUGCGCGCUCUAUCUCUCGAUAUUAUUUUAGCGAAUUUUUAAUUGUCGUUGUUAGUGAUAAUAAUCUAUCAGUUAUGGCAGAUGCAGAAGUUAGUGGACAGGCCACGUCGCCUUCGAAUCAACCUAACGCAGGAGCCGGAAGUACAUCGGCCUCCUCAUUGAAAAAGGAAAAAUCUUCGAAAGCUAAAAAUCCCAGGUCAAAACCUACCCAUCCCCCGACAUCGGAGAUGGUAACCAACGCUAUUAAAGGAUUGAAAGAGAGAGGAGGUUCUUCUUUACAAGCCAUCAAGAAGUACAUAGCUGCUAAUUAUAAAGUGGACGCGGAAAAGGUAGCACCGUUUAUUAAAAAGUAUUUGAAAUCGGCAGUAAUAUCCGGAACCUUAGUCCAGACCAAAGGUAAAGGUGCGUCCGGUUCUUUCAAACUGGCAGCUUCAAGUUCGUCGGCCCAAUCUAAACAAUCAUCGAGCGGCGGAGCUACAUCGUCAGCCGCAGGAGAUAGAAAGAAGGGUGUCGGAGCUAAAGCCAAGAAAGGCGCCGCAAAGAAAUCAGCAGCUACCGAAAAGAAAGCCCCGAAAAAAGCUGCCGGAUCUCCAAAAGCUAAAAAAGCGGCAGCCGCUUCGUCGGAGAAAAAAGUAGCCGGAAAGAAAGCAGCCGAAAAGAAGAAAGCCGCCUCUGGUGGAGCAGCGACUGCCGCCUCUGCUAAACCCAAAUCUCCCUCUAAGGCGAAAAAGUCCAACAAAGCUGGACCGACAAAAAAACCUAAGGCCCCAAAACCAAAAACAGCAAAAACAUCUACCGCAGCAGCUUCCGCCGGCUCCAAAGCCAAAAAAGCUGCCUCUCCUAAGAAGAAGAAGUAAUUUUUACGGCGGGUACGAACAAUAUAUUUGCCAUAAGGACAAUGACAACAUCAGAUCUUAUACCUAGACGACGUACGAGAUAAAACAAUAGAAAAUAUAUUUCUUAAUUGAAAUAAUUUUCAAAAAUCGGUUCUUUUCAGAACCACAAAUUUCUUAAUUAAAAAAAAGAAAAAACUUGCUUACUUAUGGUAAUAAUUAUAAUCCGUCCCACCCCCUUACCCUUCAAAUAUAACGGUCUCAAAGUAAAAAAAAUAACCUUAUUAUUAUCUAUAAUCAUUUUACUAUCCUUAAUACUAAGAUAUUAUUUAAAUUCGAAAGUAUAUUGCUUUACAUCGAUAUAAAAACCAGCCGGCCCUCACCAAUCUACUCUAUAUAAAUAAACCUUACCCUUCAAAUAUAACGGUCUCAAAGUAAAAAAAAUAACCUUAUUAUUAUCUAUAAUCAUUUUACUAUCCUUAAUACUAAGAUAUUAUUUAAAUUCGAAAGUAUAUUGCUUUACAUCGAUAUAAAAACAAGCCGGCCCUCACCAAUCUACUCUAUAUAAAUAAACCUUACCCUUCAAAUAUAACGGUCUCAAAGUAAAAAAAAUAACCUUAUUAUUAUCUAUAAUCAUUUUACUAUCCUUAAUACUAAGAUAUUAUU